CGCGAAUUUUGGUUAUAUAAAGCUGUUGAAAAAAUUGUUUUUUAGUAUUCAUUCAUAAGUUUUACAGAAUUUUAUACUGCAAAUAAUAUUUUUACUAACAAAUUUAAUAGAAAGUGGAUAUCUCGGGAAAAUGGAAUUUACUUACACUUUAGUUGUGCUCUCCGCGUGCUUACUUUCUUACGCUCACGCUGCGGCUUUCAAUUGCUCGGAACCACCGAAUUUGGGAGCUUUUGACAUUCACAGUUGCUGCCGCAUGCCAGAAAUAAACUUGGGUGACGCACCUGCAAAAUGCAGUGCUUAUAUAAAGGAGCUCACAACGCAAAUGGCAAACAUGAAUGGGGUCGGUGGGAGCAAGCAAACUGAGAAUAACAAAAACAUGAACAAUCAAAACAAUCCGGAUGCAGCAGCAGUUGAAUAUCCCGCUUAUGCCCACGUUUGCUAUGCGGAGUGUAUGUACCGUGAGACAGGCUCUAUGGUCGAGAAUGAAUUUAAUAUGGACAAUGUCGAAAAAUUUCUAAACAAAAGUGUCAGCAAAGGAGACAAGGAUAUUGUGCCACAGAUUGUGCGCUCUUUUGAGGCUUGCCUGAACAAUAUCAAGGGUCACUUGGAAGCUGUGGGUAUCAAAACGCACGCCAAAUUACCGAUGGGCUGCUCACCUUUUGCCAGUUUAAUGUUCAGUUGUGUAAACGCCGAGACCUUCCUUAACUGUCCUGCCAAGAUGUGGAAAAACGACCACAACUGCAACGUAGCGAAAUCCUUUGCAGCUCAAUGUAAUCCACUGCCGCACGUGCCACUGCCCACUGCCAAUUGGCUAAAGCCGUGAAGUCAAGUGGCGCCACAUCCUGUGGUGGCGAGCGAAAAGUUUAUGAAAUUAUAAAUUUUGAUUUAGAAUUAACGAGUUUCAUCUUUGCUUAAUGUAUAAGUAGUAUUCGCAAAAGUUGUACGAAUA